GCCUGUCGUCAUAGCGUACGGUUUAGUCCGUUUGCUGCACAUAAGUCUUUGCGUCGUGACUCGAGGAAAAAAACAUUACUGUGGUAUAUUACAGCGACUACCACGCCAACCUUUCUUCUAACUAGCUAAUUUAGCUGUGGACGGAGCGCGGCGGGCGGCGGCGGCAGCAGGCGACAAGCGGUACCGGCGGCAAACGCGGGCGCCGGUGGCAACGGCGGCGGCGACCAAGUCAUGGACCCCAGUGUGCUUUCAGCGAUGGACCGAGACGCGCUCAAGAAACAAAUCGAAAACAUGCGCUACCAAUCCACAAUGGACCGGUGGCCGCUCUCCAGGAGCAUUCAGGCCAUGCGAGAAUUUGUGGAAGAAAACGAGAAAACAGAUCCACUGAUUCACGCUCCUGACAAAAAGAACAACCCUUGGGCGGAAAAAGGAAAAUGUACAAUAAUGUGAACAAUGUUUCUCGUUCUUUCCAACGUCGUCGGCGGCGACCCACUCGGCCCCAGUUUAAACACAUUUACAUUUUUAACGCAAUCAUAAUUUUUUAUUUUAAAAUAAUGAAACUAAUUUGAAGACAAAAAACAAACAAUUGUAACAUUUCCAAUAUGUAUAUUUUUCGUUUCCUUUAAAUACAUAAACGCGUUUGAAUUAA